AUGAAGAAGCUGGCACGGUCCAGCUGGCUAAAUCGGCAACCGAUUCAUGCUGAUCCACUUGGCCAAGUCAAAGGGGUCACCGGAAACACGUCCAAGUGGCCCAUGAAGGGCCCCACGUCACAGGUCCCGGCACUCCCGCCAUCUCCACGUAAGCAGACGAAACCCGGGCAGCGUCGGACCCACAGAUCCGAGAGAGCUGCGAACGUCAAAGAAAGAUUCGAAAUUCGAAAAAUUCGAAGUUCGAAGCAGCGACGGAGUUCCAGUCCCAGCGCAGCGGUUGGACGCCGGACCCGUUGGAAGGCGCGCCCGCGAUCCGUCCCGGCUCGAGCGCCUCGAUGCGGGAGGCGCUCGAGCGCCUUGCGUAACAGUCGCGUUCUUGCUCGAAGAACCGAGUCAAAUGUUGCGGGAAUGAUGCGACCCGCUGCUCGGGCUCGCUGGACUGUCAGCAGAGGCUGCGCGGAGCGGCGGGUGCCCACUUCAAGAGGAACGGGUCGUGGAGUAUGUUCGGCCCUGCUCCAGAUUUGA